CGUCACACGCACAGCCACUUCCGCCAUACGCAGGGACUCAUCUUCCGGCUCAGGUCCUCAGAGCCGAAGUCCACAGUUCAGGCGUCCGGAAGUGCCUGGGCCACAGGCUUCCGGUGAGGGUCGGGAAGGAUGGCGGUGGCCACCAUGUUCCCGGGUCUGGCACGGAUGCUUGCUCUGCCAAGGCGCCACCUAGUGUCACCCUCGCUCAGCACGACAUCAUUCAGCCGUUUCUACAGAGGUGACAGCCCAACAGAUUCCCAAAAAGACAUGAUCGAAAUCCCUUUACCUCCGUGGCAGGAGCGAACUGAUGAAUCCAUAGAAACCAAAAGAGCCCGGCUGCUCUAUGAGAGCAGAAAGAGGGGAAUGUUGGAAAACUGUAUUCUGCUUAGCCUCUUUGCUAAAGAAUAUCUGCACCACAUGACAGAGAAACAGCUGAACCUGUAUGAUCGUCUGAUUAAUGAGCCCAGUAACGACUGGGAUAUUUACUACUGGGCCACAGAAGCAAAACCAGCCCCAGAAAUCUUUGAAAACGAAGUCAUGACGAUGCUCAGAGACUUCGCUAAAAACAAAAACAAAGAGCAGAGACUGCGUGCCCCGGAUCUUGAAUACCUCUUUGAAAAGCCUUGUUGAGCUGUGCACCGCUGCCUGCCACGGGGGCUCAGUCCACAGGCCCUAACAUGAUAGGCAAUGGCCUUGACUUCCUGCCUCUCCUUAGCCCACCCAGACCAUUCGGCUUGCCUCCAAUGAUGGACCCAUCUCUCAGGCCGUGUAAAUGUUCAGUUUGACUCA